AUGAGAGUGACCAGCACCGUUCGUUACAUCUUCCGCCUCCCCUACCUGACGAAACGUCCAGAACGUUCCAUCUGGAAGGGCAAAGGGAUCGACGAUUCCCCCUCAUUUGAAGUCACAGUGCAUUGCCACGAUGAUGACUCCCAAUCAACCGGCUCCGAGAUGGCGGUGAACGCAAGCGAGUUGGACCUGCAUCAUGGCGGCAGCAGCAACAGCAGCGGCAGCCAAUCUCGAUUGGUACGGGUUGUAAGCUGGGCCAGCAUUGUCUGCGACAGAUGCCGAUGGACAGCAGAGCAAGAGCGCGAAUUGGCUAUUGCACGGAGCGAGCUGGGGAGGUGUCAGAAAGCGUGGAGUUCGGAGCAAGAGUUGUGGCUAUCUUAUAUCGAGGCCUUGAUGGAAGAGAAAGAAGCUCAUGAAGAAUUCCUUGUCCAUCGAGCAAAACAGCAGGAUGACGAGCAGCAACAUUUCCGGAAGGCUUGGAAUAGACGACGGUCCUCUGAGGAGCAGCCUGUCGACGCUAAUGCCCAUCGGGCUAGUAGUAGAGUGCGACGCUUACGGAAACGGCAUACUGGAGAUUUCUAUUGA